ACGAAAAUUUCAAUUCGUUUCGAACGCGAGGACCGUGCGGACGUGUGCGGCUGGAAAAGCAACGGUGGAAAGCCCAUUACUGACUUCUCUUACGCUCUCGCCGCCGUAGAUUCCCCUCACCUCUAACCCUCAACAGGCGGCCAAAAAAAACUUUAAAAAAAUAUAAACAAUUAAGUCUGCGACGCCUCCCCGCCUUUGCUGUUUUGACUCAAUUGUGUGCCUAAACAAAAAUAACCAACAAACAAACAAAACAAAACUUAUCUAUUUUUGUUGAAUUUUUUUUGUGUUACAAACGAAAGCGAAAAACAAGUGCAAAUUUUGAUCAAACCCUACAAAUUCAAAAGUCCUGGAUUAUUUUGAAUUUUUGGCAAAAAAAAAAAAAACAAGACAGCAAUAAAUACGGCAGCUUCCACUAACGGUAAACAGCCAAGUGAAAUCUCAGGCAAAAAAUCAAAUGAAAUAAAGAAAAGAAAAAGCAAAGGCAGACAGAAGAAGAAGAAGCAGCACCAGCAGCAGCAGCAGCAAGUGCAAGAGAGCAAAAGCAAAAGAGCUGUAAAAAGAGAGCAGCCAAAAGAGCGUGUGUGUGUGUGCGUGUGUGUUACUUCCUUAUUUGUAAAAAUUUAUUUUAAAUAAAAUAAAAAAUCUAAUUGAAAAUCAAAGUAAGAAAAAUCAAAGACAAGUCAAGGAAACAAAGUAAGCCACGCUUGCUCACUCGUUGAAAAUAAAUAAACGCACAAUGACCUUGCCCACAAACACACACGCAUCUGCAAACGACGCCGGCAGCGGCAACCACAACAACAACGGCAGCGGUAACAACAACAGUGACGAAGAUUCAGACAUGUUUGGACCACCCCGCUGCUCCCCGCCCAUCGGUUAUCAUCACCAUCGAUCCCGUGUGCCCAUGAUCUCACCGAAAUUGCGACAGCGUGAGGAGCGCAAGCGAAUCCUUCAGCUGUGCGCCCACAAGCUGGAGAGGAUCAAGGACUCAGAGGCGAAUCUGCGACGCAGCGUCUGCAUCAACAACACAUACUGCCGACUGACCGACGAACUGCGUCGCGAGAAACAGAUGCGAUACCUACAGAAUCUGCCCAGAACCAGCGACAGCGGCUCAGCCACCGAACUGGCGCGUGAGAAUCUCUUCCAGCCGAACAUGGACGAUGCCAAGCCGGCCAGCAACAACACUAGCAAUAAUAAUAAUAGCAAGUCCUCGUCGUACGGCGAUGCCUUUAGCUCCUCGAACGGAUCGUCUUCGUUGGGUCGCGGUGGUGGAAUGUGCUCCUUGGAGAAUCAACCGCCUGAGCGUCAGCAGCUGGCCACACCCGCUGGGGCAUCCGCUCCCGAGGCGGCCAAUUCGGCGCCACUUUCCGUUUCCGGUUCGGCAUCGGAACGGGUGAACAACAGUAACACCAACAUCACCAACACCACUAACAACAACAACAAUAACAACAACAACAACAACAACAACAACCGAAAACGCCACCUAUCCAGCAGCAAUUUGGUCAACGAUCUGGAGAUUCUCGAUAGGGAACUAAGCGCCAUCAAUGCGCCCAUGUUGCUAAUCGAUCCAGAGAUCACCCAGGGUGCCGAGCAGCUGGAGAAGGCGUCCAUGUCCGCCAGCAGGAAAAGAUUGAGGAGCAAUAGCAGCAGCGAGGACGAGAGCGAUCGAUUGGUGCGCGAGGCCCUGUCCCAGUUUUAUAUACCGCCGCAGCGUCUGAUCUCCGCCAUUGAGGAGUGCCCGCUGGAUGUGGUUGGCCUGGGCAUGGGUAUGGGAAUGAAUGUGAACGUGAAUGUGGGCGGCAUCGGUGGUAUUGGGGUAACAGCAGCAGGCGCUGGCGUCGAAGUUUCCGGUGGCAAACGGAUGAAGCUGAACGACCAUCAUCAUCUUAACCACCAUCACCAUUUGCACCAUCACCUGGAGCUGGUCGAUUUCGAUAUGAACCAAAAUCAAAAGGAUUUCGAGGUGAUCAUGGACGCCUUAAGACUGGGAACGCCGACGCCGCCGAGCGGCGCCAGCAGCGAUUCCUGCGGACAGGCGGCGAUGAUGAGCGAAUCGGCCAGCGUUUUCCACAAUCUGGUGGUCACCUCGCUGGAGACAUGAAAGUACCAGUGAAUCCCGAAUCCCGAGCAGCAGACAAAGAUUAAAGAGUUUAGAUUUUAUAUUAGACACCACUUGCAUAGUGUUUUUAAGGAAACAUUUAGGCUAUGACACAUAUACUAACCUAAGCUAUUAUUACAUAUAGAAAAGAAAGGAAAGAAGAGGAAAGGAAAGGAAAGGAAGAUCGGGCGGAUUGGCCAGUAUUACUCAUUAAUGGCAGUCGCGAUUUGUACAAACAAAUACACAAAAAAAGAUAGUUGUAGGCAAAAGAGAAAAACAAAACAAAAAUCAAAGAAUUUGUAGUCAAUACAGCAGAAACAAACAAAAACAAAAAAACCAGAACAAUCUAUAAGUUAAAUUUAAAGAAAACAAAAACAAACUCCAUACUUGUAACACAUCAACAAAAAUUCAGUUGUGGUUUCCAUUUCGGUUUCGUAGAGAGCUCCGUUUAUAUGAAAAAAUUAAACAAAAUAACUUCCAAUUUAACAAAACAAAAAAAAAAAAUUAAAAAAAAAAAAACAAAAAAAAACUGUAAGGCAAGCACAUUCCACAUUGCUAAACAUUAUAUCCCUAAAUUGUGUUCCUACUGGAUUUUUGUUUUAUUUUUCCACCAUAUAUCUCACAUGCGAAAGAUAUCAAAAAGUUAUAUUGCAUUUAGAAAACACAAUUAUAUAUUUUUAAAUGAAAACACUUAGAAGUUCUCCUAGUCACAAAAAAAAAAAAAAAUUAACAGGAAAACAAACAAACGAAAGAGAACACAACACUAUCCUAAAGAAAAUUAUAAAAAACAAUGCAAGAAGGUUUCAUUUAUUUAAUUCAAAAAUAAACAAUAAAUUCGUUUAAUAAACUUGAUUUGUUCCCAUUUUUAGCCUCUGCACAAACACACAAGAUGAUGACAAUGUUCUGACAAGAAAACUGAGACAUGAAAGCAAAUUGAAAUAGCAAUUUAAAUAAAAAACAAAACACAAAAAUAUUAUACAAAAAAAGUGCAAUUAGAAUUUUUAAAAUAUUGAAAGCAAGCCUCAAAAACAAAAACAAAAAAAACCAACAAAAGUGCAUUCAAAAAGAUUUAAACAAAAAUCGGGCAAAUUAACAAAUUAUGAAAGUAAUAAGUAGUAAUUUAAUAAACAAUUUAAGGCAAACAAACAAAACAAAAAAAAAACAACAAAAAAAAAAACAAUUUUUUCUUUGAAAAAAAUUACGGCUGUGAUAGAAUUUUAAGUUUUUUGGCUAAAAAAAAAACAAGAAACCACAAAAAGUUACCAUUAAAAAGGAAACAAAAAGUACUACAAAAAAAAAUACCAAGCAUAAAAUCAUGAAUAUUAUGAUCUAUGUGUGAAAUGAACAUUUAGUAUUAGAAAAAACAAAACAAAACUAAUUGUGUAGAAGAAAUCGCGAGCUGUACUUUCUUUCAGCAAAAGAGAAGCGAACGAGAGUAUCUCUCAACUUUCGCUCGCUUGGCUUUCAUUGAUUUUAUAUAUAUGUAUACAGAUAUAAAAAUAUUUUUUUUUUGCAUUUUCUAUAAGUCGCCUUGCCUCGCCUAAGCUUUCGUUUUCGUUUCAAGUCUCUCGCUUUUGUUUUCGUUCGCGUCUUUGGCCCAAAAGAAACCAGACCACAUCCCAAUCUGUUCCCCCAACGGUAAAGAUAUAUAUAUUCUUUUUUUUUUUUAAGCGGAACAUAAAGGGCGGGAAAGUCAAAGACUUAUGACUCUAAGAAUCUACAGAGCAGGUCCUUCAUCGAUAACCAUGUUUUUACUGUUGUCCCCCCAUUAAAACACAUUUUAUUUAAUGCUUAAGUUUUUUUAUACGAUUAUUUUUGAUAUGAUUAUGUAAUUAUUGUGCGUUUUUAACUAGAAGAAUUAUCCAUAUGUAUUUCCAUUUUAGUUAAUAUUCCUACAUACAGAUAUACAUUAUAUAUAUAUAUAAAUAUAUAUAUAGUGUUCUGCCCGAUCCCGUAUUGAUCGCGUCGCAGACAAACUAUUAAGCAUUCAAAGCUAUGCAACAAAAGCAAAAUAAAUUAUAAAAAAAAAAAUUACAAAAAAUUUAUUUUUAUUUCAUUUUGUUAAUUUAUUAAAUGGUUCAUUUUGCAAGGUGGGAAGGAAUUUUGGUUUGAUAUGCGUUUUUUAUGCUCCAUUUUCGCCGUUUUAGUUUUGAUAUCGAUAUUGUUUUUGUUAUCGGUUUGUAACUCCUUAAUUUGGCGUCUCUUGGUCUCAUACGAUGGUUGUUAUCGAUAACGCUUACCCAAAAGCUGUGAGAUCAUCGUCACUGCUUUGAGCGCCGAAUAUUCGUCUGUGGUUGACCCAACUCAGGGUUAAGCCAGUGGCUUUUGUUUUGUUUAUUCAUAUUUGGGGGUCAAAUGUAUUGAAAGCAAAACGAUCAACACACUCGAAAUUGUUCCGUUGACUGCAUUCCGCUGGAUGUAUUUUUGUAUUUUCGCUUUGAGUGCCAAAUUUUAGGACCGACGCUCUCCGGCUUAUAAAUGGGUCUCUGGCUUAGCUUUCGGUUUCAAUUUCGCUUUAUUUUGUUUUUGUUUUGGGCUUUGGAUUUUUAGUUUUUUGGCCAAUGCCGCACUCGUUCAACGACUCUUGAUUAUUGGCCUUGGCUUAAAGAUUUGUGGCUUCCAGUCCGAUGGAUCUGAAUCAUUAUAAUGGUCUUAAUGGGGGAGUUUUGUGCACUGCUAGAUCUUCAGGCAGUAGAAACAAAAUUCCACGACUUCCUAUGUUAUUGAACCAAAUAAUUGCAUUUAUUACCAACAUAUAAAUUCUUUAUUUUUUAAAACCCGAA